AUGGCAAGUGGUAGUUGUUCGGCAUCAAAAAGUAUUCCAUGUGAUACCCGGACAUCCACUGAGAUCGAGACCGAUUCUCUACUUAAAAGAGAGUCCGAUGACAUAGGUUGGAAUUAUGGUGUUCUAGCCGAUCCACAUAACAAAGAUAGGGUUAAAUGCUUGUUAUGUGCGAAAGUCAUGUCGGGCGGUAUACGACGAUUGAAAGAGCACAUUGGUCAAAUUUCUGGGAAUGUCACUUCAUGUAAGAAAGCAACAAAAGAAGAUCAAGCCAAAUGUAGAAAUGGCAUCAAUGAGUCCAAAGCAAAAAAGGUGAAGACAAAAGAACUUCAAGAAGAGCUGCUCUCUUUGGUUAAUAUUAAAGGGCUGAAUUCCUCUCAACAAUACCAAGAAUCUCACUCUCUUGGCCCAAUGGAUAGAUUUGCUACAACUAUUAACCCGGAAGCAUCAUUGAAUGUAGCAUAG